CCUGAAGCUUCAUGUUUCCUAAUUGGAAUUCAGUCUUAGUUUCCUAUUCCAUUAUGGACUUGGAUUCCCAUACACACGCUUUCAUAACCUUAUAUAUAUAUAUAUAUAUAUGUUCGUAAGCCUUCAAUUCAAGCCAUCUUUGAAGCUUGUCAAUUUCAAUUUUGUUGUCAAUGGCCAAGCAUUCCAAGAAAACCAGAAGAGAAAUUUCACGACCCAAUUGGCGUAAUCUUCACAGUGAUAUGUUGGAUUUGAUCCUAGAUCGAUUGUGUUUCAUUGACAUGCUUCGUUUCAGAGCUGUUUGUACUUCUUGGCGAUCGAUUGCCAAAACCCAUAUCUCAUCUUCUUCAUUACCACUCUACUCUUCAAACCUUCAACCUCCAUAUCUCCUGCUUCCUCAAGGCUAUGUUGAUGAUGAUGACCAAGAUGGCCUUGAUCACAGCCGUUGCUUCUUCAAUCUUGCUGACAAAACGUUCAUCGAGCUCAACAAUAUGCCGAAAGCUUUGAGCCAGAGUCGAUGUGUUGGAUCAUCACAAGGGUGGUUGCUGUUUUUGGAUGAAAACAAUACACCCCGUAUCUUAAAUCCCUUCUUGGAUGUUAGUGUUCGACCCUAUUUUCAUCACAUGCUUUCUUUCAUUACCAAAGCUGUUCUCUGGAAAGACCCAAUUGUCAGUGACAAUAACUAUGGCAUUGUGGCUAUCUAUGGCUUUAAUUUCCAAUCAAAGCUUGCUUAUUCUAAGUGUGGAGAUUCUAAUUGGUUUGAACUCGCUGGUUCACAUGAGACCUACUGUGAUAUCAUAUGCUGCAGAGAUUAUGUAUAUGCAUUAGCCGAUGUAGGUUCUGUUGAAGCUUGGGAUUUUAAUUGUUCUAUCCCUAGAAAAAUUAUGGACAUUGAAGCUUAUUUUCCUGAAGAAAGGGUUGAAUUUGAGAAGUCUCUGAAUGAUCUUUAUUCUAGCCAAUUUUACUUGGUGGAGUCACUAGGUGAGCUCUUGCUUGUUAUAAGGUAUAUUGGUGAGUUUGUUGGGUAUGACGGUGAAGUUGUUGGCGAGGCUGAUUUUGAUGAUGGGUUGAUUUAUCCAUACAUGACAAAGUUUUUUCAUGUUUACAAAUUGGAUUUCAAAAAGAAAAAAUGGGAGAAAAUGGGAUCGUUGCGUGAUCGGAUGUUAUUUUUAGGUGGAAAUCAGUCUAUAUCACUGUCAACUCAAAACUUUUCUGAGUAUGAGGAGAAUUCAAUAUACUUCACAGAUGACUCUUGGGAUCGAAUGGAUGAGCAUUACGAGUAUGGGGGUCAUGAUAUGGGAAUCUUCAACUUGAAAGAUGAUUGUGUCAAACAGAUUACUGGAAUUGAAGAUUUGCAGAAAUUUCAACCACCACCUUUUUGGGUUGUCCCUACUAAUUCGGUUCAAUGGCAGCCUUAAGAUACAAUGAUUCAACAGCCAAAAAAGUUUAUCCCUCUUAAUUUGUAUUUAGUUUUUCUAACAUUAAAUUUCAUUAAUUGUAAGUAUAGGGUAUGUUUAAAGGAUUACAGCUUAAACUUUUGUUAUGAAAAAUUGAAAUAGGUUACCAGUUUUUGUUCACCUUGUAAAAUUUAAAAAGAGUUUCUUGUUUACGUCAGGAAGAGAAAAUUUGUUUCAUGAAUGCUCUGCUUGCCAAUGCAACACAACAAAAAUGGUUUGGUUUGAUGAAUGGGGAUUCAGCCUAUUGUUUUAUCAAAUCAGAUUGGAAAUUGGCCCUGUUUGGAGUAGUUUUCAGAAAACUACUCACAUAAACAUAUUUUGGCUCCAUUUGGGAAGAGCUAGAUUGAGCUUUUUUGGCUAUUUUAGUCACAAAAGACAAAAUAAACUAUUUUAGUCACAAAAAACAAAACAUCACAUCCAACCCAUAA